AUGGGUUCGUUCAUUGGCUUGGGACAGCUUGCUUGGUAUCCCGACCCUUACCGCUACGACAUGAAGAACAGAGCUAUUCCCAAAGCUCUAGAUUUGCGUUAUAUGAUCCGAGGCCUCCGAAGCCCAGCUCUCUGGGGUGCUCUAGUCUGCUCGACCUUCUCCAUAACCGAAUGUGUGAUGGAGCAGCUUCGUGAUGAAUCUCACGACUCUACUUGGGUCAACGCGACUGUAGGUGGAGCGGCUGCCGGAAUCGUCGUGGGUAGCAUGACCCGUCGCAUCGAUAUUAUGGCAGUUUCGGCCCUCGGUUUCGGCGUCGCAAUGGGCAUGGUGGAAUACAAUGGUCACUUUAUCACCAAUCAGCCAAACCUGAAUAGACGUGAACGGAUGGCGGAGAAGAUAAAGAAUCAACCGCAGGACAAAACGCCCGCUCCGGGCACGGUGGCUGGAUUGAAAGAGCAGUACCCAGAAUACAAAGACUUGUAG